ACUGCGAGCUGCCAGCUUCUCUUGUCCUUCGUCAUUGACUUUCAUCAUCCAAUUUCAUCGCUAACUCAGCGGAGCAUCGCCAAGCGGACGAUGUGGCACCAGUAACACGUGUCAAAACAUUGCAGGUCAAGGUGAGAAGAUGGCGAGCUCGGCAGGUGACUUGGAUGGUGAGUCGAGUUCACUGUCAGUGCUGACCGUCAGCGCACAGGACGCGGUGUCUGCAGGGGAUGCUGUGCACCCUGCACGCAUGUCCAGAGCUGGGUACAUGGUAGUGGGCGCCACCCUGACCCUCACCUGGGUGCUGGGCACCUUGGGAAACGCCACGUGUCUGGCGGUGUUCACCCUGCACAAGCGCCUGAGGUCGCCCACCAACAUGUUUGUCAUGUCACUAAACACUAGCGACCUGCUCAUGUCCAGUGUCGCCUGCUUCUUCUGCCUGUCGUCCGCCUGGCGGGGCGGCUGGCUGUACGGACACGCGGGCUGCACCUUCGAGGGCUUCUUGGUCUACCUGCUGGGCAUGACCUCCAUGUACUCACUGGCCGCCAUUUCCCUUGACCGCUACAUCGUCAUCGCUAAGCCGCUGCUAGGCCCUCGCAUCACCCCCCGUGUGGCGGGUGGCAGCAUCGCUCUGUGCUGGCUGGGGGGGUUCCUGUGGGCAGCGCUGCCCUUGGUGGGGUGGAACGAGUACAGGCUGGAGGGUGGGGGCAUUUCGUGCAGCGUGGUGUGGGAGAGCACUAGCACCCUCUACACCAGCUACAUCUGGGCCAUCUUCUUCUUCUGUUUCCUCCUCCCCGUCGGCGUCAUGUUCUUCUCCUACUACCACAUCUUUAUGACGAUUCGGGUAGUCUCCAGAAACCAGACGUGGGACAAGAACAGCCGCAUCGCACGAAGGAACCAGAAGGUAGAGAAGAAAAUGGCUAAAACCAUCGCCGCUAUGCUAGGUGCAUACCUUGGAUGCUGGAUGCCAUACACGGUCUUCUCAUUUGCCGUCUGUUUCCUUGGGUCGGGGAGCAUCUCUGCGGAGUUAGCUACAUACCCCGCUAUCAUCGCCAAGAGUCAGGGAGUACUCAACCCCAUCAUUUAUGUGGCCAGCAACAAGCAGUUCCGACAGGCUUUCUAUGAACUCUUGCCCUGUCUGGGUCUGCGCCGAGCUUUAGUCAAGCAAAUCGAGAAGGAGGGGGAGUCGGAGGAGUCAGAUGUGGAUGAGGACACCGCGGGCCCCACCACAAGGGCAGAGCGAGCAGGCAAGAACAAGGGAGGUAAGCAGCCACAGAGUAAGCAGAAGGCUUCCUGCAUGGCCGUCCACCCGACACCCGGCAACCGACACCCGACACCUGACGUGGACAACCAGCCAAGCGAGACCGUCGUGGAGGACAUCUUCCUGGUCAGCGACGCCGGAAGUCAAGGUCACGUGGAAGAGAUAGAGCUCAAGGACAAAGGUUGUGUGGUGACCGGAGGCUGUGACCUGGGGUCAGCACCACAGUGAGGUGUCUGUAAAACUGAUGUUUUGUUGGCAUCUUGGCUGUCCCUUGGCUGUCCCUUGGCUAGCAGUCAACUGGCCUUUGGUAGUCUUAUGGAGGUCGUCUCUUGACUGGUCAUUGUAAGCAAAUUGUCUUGCUGGUAGUUUGUAGGUUUACUAGUAGUUUGUAGGUUUACUAGUAUUUGAAGGUUUGCUUGUAGUUUGUAGGUUUACUAACAAUUGGAAGGUUUGCUAGCAGUCUGUAGGUUUACUAACAAUUGGUAGGUUUACCAAUAUUUGAAGGUUUGCUAGCAAUUUGUAGGUUUGCUAGUAUUUGAAGGUUUGCUUGUAGUUUGAAGGUUUACUAGCAAUUUGUAGGUUUACUAGUAUUUGAAGGUUUACUAUCAGUUUGUAGGUUUUUUUAGUAUUUGAAGGUUUGCUAGUAGUUUGUAGGUUUACUAGCAAUUUGUAGGUUUACUAGUAUUUGAAGGUUUGCUAGUAGUUUGUAGGUUUACUAGCAAUUUGUAGCUUUACUAGUAUUUGAAGAUUUGCUAGUAGUUUGAAGGUUUGCUAGCAGUUUGUAGGUUUGCUAGUAUUUGUAGGUUUACUAGUAGUAGAUAGAAAUCUGGUCGCAUUUUGAUGAACGCAUUCAUCAGACUGGCUGUUCUGUGUGAGUGUGUGUGGGUAGGGAUGUAACUGUUUUAUUCUGUGUGGGAGAUGGUAUUUAUUUUUAUGUUGUUUAUAAUGUUUGUAUGGUUCUAUUCUUACUGUUAUUUGCCUUCAAUAUCUGCACGGUUUUUUUGGUAUUAGUACAUAAUUUAGAAAUGCAAUUAUUGAGUGUUUUUCUUGUCUCAUGCAGUCGUUAUUGUAUUUAGGAAUGUUUUUCUCACUCGUCUCAGUAUUUAUCGUAAACUAAGUAAAUAUAGUUCUUCUACCACUCCACUUGAAUUGUUUUACGAAUGAUGGCACUGCUUGUUAUCUCCAGGUGGUUUUUGAAAUGGUGUAUCACUUAUAACCUCCUAUCGUAUUUCCCUCAUGUUCCUCAUUUUCUCCACCUAUUAACUUUUUUAUAGGUAGCUUCUUAGUUUUUAGGAACUUAACUAAGGAAGAUUACUCUAGCUUUUGCAAGUUGAAUAUUGAGCAAACAUCCUUGUUGUGAUGUGAUAGGCCAUUAUGUUAGAACACUCCACGUCGACUACUACUACUCUUACCCCGGAGAAAAAUCGCAAGUCAUUAAAAUUGUAGUCUGCCUGCUCAAGUUGUGAUUUCAAAUGCGGUGAAAGCAUGCCACAAUCUUUUCUCGAAGACAAAGAAUGUCAAGGUGCGGUGAGAUGACCAGAAGUACAUGUGGUAACAUGAUGAAAGUACAACUAUUACAAUAUUACAACUAUUGUGACUGUAAUCACGACUACGCCAUGUCAGAGCAGUCUCAGGUUAUCUGCGAUGUUACUUGCCAGAAGAUGGUCAUGCUAAUGUCCCCAUUGAAAAACUUCAUAAUCUCGAAAUUAUCAAUGAUAUUUAAACAGAAUGAAAAUUUCAUUUAAUGUCUAGUGUCUUUUUAUGGGAGGUAAUCAGACAUUCUCAUACGUUCGGUCGAUAGAGUUGUUUCUCUUUGAUCACACAUUACACUUAAAUCUUGUGGAAACCACA